AUGCCCUCGGACAUACAGGUCUCUGUGAAAUGGAAAGAGCAGACGAUCUUCGCAGGAGAAGACGUUGAGUGCAUCAUCACAUUCAAGAACGUGGCAGAGAAUGGAACCCCCGACGUCAGCAGCGGACCUCAACAACCUCCUCAUCAACGGAAGGCCUCACGGUCCCUGAACGGCAGCUCCAACAGCGACGGCUACUUCGCGCUCAAGUCUCCGCAGGCCCUGUUCGCCAAUGGCAACAGGCGCUCGCUUCCCCAAACUCCUCGCCAGAAGACGUUCGAUCGUUCUCACCGCGCGUCGGCGUCAUUGAGCUCGCCGUUAGGCGUCGCUCAUAGCUUUCCGCCCUCAUCGGGCCACAAGCACAAGCGAUCCGUGUCGAUUCUGUCCAUAGAGAGUGAUGGAGGGAAUGAGAAGACGCCGGUGCCGUCUCAGCUCAGUCGUUCUCGGCCAGCCUGGGGACAUGGCCGGUCCGCGAGCCUUCAGUUCCUUCCGAGGAGGUCUACAGGUCCCGAGGAGAUCUUUUCACCAGGUAUUUCUAAAUAUCAAUCCAUUGAGGAUCUGUUUCUGUUUUGGCUGACAAUACGUGAAGCUGGCAGGACCCCGACACGUGGGCUGCACUCAGCCGAGUCUGCUUUGAGUCCUUCGAUUGCGAAUCUGAGAAUUGAUGGAGAUCGAUCCCUCAGACCCAGUCGUCCGGGUUCUGGCGCAGCCAGUCCUGUAGCGCCACCCGAUUCCUUACGAAGUCCCCGAGGAAGAGCGAUGCCUUUCCCCACGGACUUCAAGUUCCCGCCAGCUCCGCCGACUCCGAAUGAGCCUACUAGCAACCACUCUACUACAGCGACGAAUGAUGAAAGUUCUGCAACUGCAACGCGUCCGCCUUCCGGACCUUCCGCAAGAGAUACACCGCCAUCUCUAACCCAACAGGCUCAUUUGGCUCCGGUUACCAAGAUCAUUUCGAAUUCCAGCGUCAAUGGAAGCAGCAGAAGUAGCGGGGAAUUCUACUCUUUGAGCAAUAACUCGACGGAGACACUUGAAUCAGAAUACACGAACUAUGGCCCGAACCGUUUGCGAUCCAAUCUUUCGCGACACAGGCGGCAUUAUUCCAGCGUCGAACCGACUGGCAAGUCUUCUGAUUCCCUGACCCUCCUUAUGGGAUAUGCUCAGAUCAGUGCAUCUUUCACUGUCGAUGGGUCAUUGAUCAACCAGGCCGUGUUUGAAGAAGUCAAGCGGAAAGGAGUCGUGGGUAGUCAGGGGAGCAGUGCCGGUGGUCCCGCUGCGGCAGAGAAAACUCGCCGCAAUGGUGGUCUCUUGAGCGCCUUGGGCUGGAAUGCGAUUGAGGAAUCCAUCAGUGGUCUCCUUUCCAGCGGCGACCUCAAUGGUCUCCGGGACAUGCGCGGUGUAACCUCUUCCAAAUCCAUUCCUUUACUCUCUACACCGCAGUCGCUUUUGUUUGUCGAUCUCCGUCUCGCUCCGGGGGAGGAGAAAUCGUUCUCAUUUUCCUUCACGCUUCCCAGAGGGCUGCCUGCCAGCCACAAAGGGAAAGCGAUCAAGUUUUCCUAUAAUUUGGUAAUUGGUACCCAGCGACCUAGCGGCCCCAAGGAAGUGCAGCAAGUCAACCGCAUCAACGUUCCCUUCCGAGUUUUCAGUGGCGUUAACGCCCGAGGAGAUGUUCUUGGCCAUGAUCUCAUGAUGCCGUACGUACUUCUCCGUGACGAAGCACGUGUACGAAAAGUCAGCAGCAGCGACGAAGCACGUCCGCUGCAGAAAGACAAGAGCAUCAGCGGACCAAUAUGGACCACAGCCCCUGAAUUCUUGUCAUAUGUUGAUGAGAUCUUGGAGCAACAUGCUCCCGGGAGUUCGCUACCUCCUCCUACCACACCCUUGGAGAAAACGCCGAGCCAAGAGCGAGCCAGGCAGUCCCCCUCUUGCAAGGAUGCCAUCGAUUUGGCUAUCCUUCGCAGUAAUCAGAUUACCAGUUCCAACCGCAGUGCGAAUCGGUUCGAAAUUGCACGGAACGGUCGUCGGAUUGCUGUUGUGGUCCUCAAUCGUCCUUCCCACCGCCUUGGAGAGACGAUCUUUGCGACCGUGGACUUCUCGGAUGCCGCGCUCCCUUGCUAUUCGUUGAGAGCAACUCUGGAGACGUCAGAAAAGGUUGACCCUUCGCUCGCGAUGCGAUCGAGCGCCAGCAUCUAUCGAGCUACGCGCCGCGUCUACGCGUCCUACUUUGAGAAUACCUUGUUCUCCACUCGAGUCGUAUUCACCCCCGCCAUUCCGAUCUCCGCUACGCCGACGUUACUGACGAGCGGGGUCAAUCUCGAGUGGGAAUUGCGAUUCGAAUUUGUGACGACGCAUUCCUACAGUGAUGACGAAGCAGGUCUGUCGGGGGCCAGGUUGUUGGAGUCCAUUGGCGAGGACGAUAGGGGCUCCGUCUUUUCAUCAGUGGAGACUCUACCGUGUGAGUCUUUUGAAAUUUCGAUCCCCCUGACUGUCUAUGGGGAGACAGUCCGAGAGCCGUUAGCCGAAGAGAAUCAGGUAUACUAUAUAUGA